UGUAAAAAAAAAAGGAAAGAAAAAAGAGAAUUUUUCCCUUCUUACCAUGCUGCAGAACCAGUCACUGACACUGUUUAUCAUUAAUGCAUCAUCUUUUUUGCUUUACCUUUUUUCUUCUCUUUAAAAUAUGGGCAAUACGCAUAGUCAACAAAAUAAACACGAGAACUUAUGGUCACCUAGUGAGCUCGAGCAGCUAAAGAAUCGCUCAAGUAACAACUCUCUUCCAAAACAUUUCUGUGAAGAAUGGAGUACCAGUCUCGAGAGCUUUUUUAGUCAAGAAAAAUAUCUUAAAUUGGCAUACCAGAUAGUAAAGCAAAGGCAGACUGAAUCUAUCUAUCUUGUGUUUGCACACUGUGUUAAGGAAAAACAAAUUUCGUUGGAAACAUUUGUUACUUGGAUUGUUCAGUCUGGUAUUCCUCUCUGGUUUGAAAAUGGCAGUGGUUAUACUUGGGACUUUGAAAUAUCACAACCAGAGACACUUGUCAGAUAUAUCUUGAUACAUGCUGAUGAGCAAGAAAGACAACAAAAAGUAGACAUGUCUUGGUUAGAAGAAGACCUGGAACAAAAGGAACAAGAACAAGAAAAGUGGGAGACAAAAGUGAUACAGUCACCUUCUAAAAUCGCUGAAGCUGAGUUUUUGCAUUGGAUUGAAAAAGCACCGGGACUACGAGGCUUAUUCCAAUUGACAGUAGAGUGUUUCUUAUUCAAUACAUCUGGUAGUCAUGACAAGCACAAGGAUCGCUUGAACCAUUUGAUAUCACCUCAAAUUCAGCAACAUGACAAGGAAACAAAACGUCUGUUUGCCAACAAGUUCUCGAGCAUCAUGAAUCCAUACGAUUACUUUAUGCUUUCACUUCAUUUGCCCUCUGAUGCUCUUAGCUGGUCAGAAUAUGAAAAGAACACAAGAAAAGUAACACAUGAUUUGGAACAUACACUAUUAUACUCAUCAAAAAGGGACGGUACGAGUUGGCAAAUGUUUGCCAACAGAAUGGUAGGACAAGGCGCCACAUUACUGGUGAUUAAAGCCAAAGACGGUUCUGUAUUUGGUGGUUACGCGGAUGAAGCUUGGGCAAAUGGCAAUACCGAUUGCUAUGGUAGUAAUAACCAUUACCAAUACCUUUGUUGGGGGAAGAAAAGUCUGCCAAAUGGUCUCGGUAUGGGUGGCCAAUUCGAUUAUGCAGGUCUUUGGCUUGAAGCUGAUUUCAUGCAUGGACAUUCUAGAGCAGGACCCUUGUGCACAACUUAUUUAAGUCCUCAAUUAUCGUCUGAUCAAACAUUUUUAAUUGAUCAAGUUGAAGUUUGGUUGGUCAGACCACUUAUAAAAGAUGAAAAUGAUACCGAUGACACAUGUGGAAAAGGCAUUUUAGGACAUGCCGAAGACAUGGAAUUUAUGGAAAUGGCAGGCAAGAAAUUAUAUUCCAAGGACUUAGGACCGAAUAGAACAGAAGAGGAUGAUGAAGAGAAUUGAUCAUAGUUUGUUUAUUAUUUUAAGCCUCUUUUUGUGUAUGAAUAAAAACUAUUUUUAUACAAUUUGUGUG